AUGGCUCUGUGGGGGAGAGAAGUUGUCCAUCAGAGUGAGUCGCCAUGGAAUAAGGAGGUCCGUCUAUUUAGAUCCAGUCUGGGCCCGAACGCGUACAUCACUCUGUGGUUGGUCUCAGACUUUCAUACCCUGCUAGCCUUGAUUCUUUUCCUUGUCGGAGCAUACGUGAUCAAACCGCUGAAAGGCACGCCUACGAGGCUUUUGUCGAUGGCAUUGAUCGUGUCCAUCUCUUCAUAUAUCCUUUCGCAAGUACUGUCCAUUACAUUUCUGCUACUUGCUUACUUGGAAGCCACCGUGAAACAAAGCUAUGUCGUUAUGAUGAUCCUACAGAUGAUAUUAUAUCUUCUUGCACUCUUGUUUCUCUAUUUUGCAUUGUGUCGGACACUGCAGAGAUCCCUCGAUCAAUCUCCAAUCCCGGCAAAAAUCUCUACAAUCGUUACAACAAUCCACUGGGGCAUCCUGGGGACACUGUCGCUUCUUGCGGUGGCCAAUUGCGCCGUUCAAAUUGCUGCCAUUGUCAAGUCGGUGGACAGAAGCUCCGAUGCCUUGCAUAUGACACACUAUGACAACCGAGUUGCCACAGCUCGUGCCAUCCUCUUCAUGGUCGGAUCAUUAGAGAUAUUCUUGUGGGCAGUACUCCCUGUCAUCAAACGAACCUCUCGACCAUUAGGCAGCAAGGUCAAGAUCAGAGCCAUCUCCUUCGCAACCGCGAGCUUAUUCUACCUUGUUCUAAACUUUACCACCGCCAUCAGAACGAUCCUAUACAUGCAGCUUCGGAUCCCAGAACCACAGUACGUGAAUGCAGCCUGCGCAGUGGUCGAAUUCUUCAGCGUAGUCAGCAUCUACACCGGGAUCAUCGUCCACUGCAUGCAAUUGCAAAAUGACGAUAUUUCAUCGACACAGGCCCGUCCUCGAAUCAUAUAUCCUCCGAGAAUGAGCCCGUAUAUACCUUACCGACCAUCCAUAGGAGAAGUGCUCAGUCAGCAGUCAAGUCCCUCUAUAACAUUUGGGCAGGCUGCUGGUGAUUGGAAGGGUAUCCCUGUUAACCAGCAGACGAUAAAUGCAGUCAUGUCGGGAGGGAGGGGUCCGCCCCUCAACAGACCAGUGCAUACUCAGGCACAAGGUCAAGGGCCAGUAGGGUAG